ACAUCAGAGAAUAAGAGCACAACAAAGAAUAUGAAUUCCUAUCUUGCCUCCAUUACAGUAAUGGUCAAGUUGUUUGCUGAACUUUCCUUCGACUUGGUUUCCGAUGAAGUUGAGUUCGGCGCAUUCCUUCCGGUGAAAAAUGCCGGUUGUUUUGGAGGAGGUAAAGGCAUGGACUCAUUACUAAGCAUAGAAAUAACAUCCGACAUGGUUGGCCUCUCUGCCACGCUUUCUUGUACGCACAAGAGACCAACAUGAAUGGUUCUCAGUAAUUGGUCUCCAACAAUGCAAUCUCCAAGAGAUGGAUCCUUUAGUUCCGUGGCAUCCCCUCCUCUCCAUAGCUCCCAUGCCUGAACAAAUAUUUGAAAUAUUGUUAUUUCCAUGAGAGUGGAUCCAAUCCCAUCACUUGGUGAAGUGUAUAUCAAGUGAUACUAAAUGUGAGUUUUGGACCCUCACUAUGCAACACAUUUUGAAAGCUUAUAGGCCUAACUUAAAGCUGACAAUAUUGUAAAAUGCA